CACAAAAGCCCAAGCCGGCCUCUCCGCUUCCCUGUUCGGCCGCUGCAAGCCUCCCAUCCGAUUGAAACUCGUAUACCCAUCACAAAACCCAAGCCUUUGUCUAGGCUUCCUUGUGCGGCCGCUCCAAGCCUCCCAGCCGAUUGAAGCCGCUGAGGGCGGAAAGACGGGAAAACCGGGGUAAAACAUAGGAAAAAUCAACGAAAGGAAAAAAGAAAUCGAAAGUGAUUUCUAUCAGCGAACUUCAAUCCCCUCCGCCGCCGACUUCCCCACCACCACCGCCGGCAGCCAUGAAGCUCGACGUAGACGCCCUGAGGUACCUCUCCAAGGACGAUUUUAGGGUUCUUACGGCCGUUGAGAUGGGCAUGAGAAACCAUGAGAUCGUUCCUGCGGAGCUUGUCGACCGGAUUGCCAGCCUCAAGCAUGGAGGCACUUAUAAGGUGCUGAAGAAUUUGCUGAAACACAAGCUGGUACAUCACGAUAGUUCCAAAUAUGAUGGAUUCCGGCUAACCUAUCUUGGAUACGAUUUUCUUGCGAUCAAAACACUGGUGAACCGUGGAGUGUUUACUGCUGUAGGACGCCAAAUUGGUGUUGGGAAGGAGUCGGAUAUAUUUGAGGUUGCUACAGAAGAUGGGACGGUUCUGGCCAUGAAGCUGCAUAGGUUGGGUAGGAUCUCUUUCAGGGCAGUGAAAUCUAAGAGAGACUAUUUGAUGCAUCGGAGCAAUUAUAACUGGCUCUACUUGUCACGGCUUGCUGCGCUCAAGGAAUAUGCUUUUAUGAAGGCUUUAGGAGAGCAUGGAUUUCCUGUUCCGGAUGCUGUGGACUGUAAUCGUCAUUGUGUCGUCAUGUCUCUUGUCCAAGGCUAUCCACUUGUUCAAGUGAAGCAGUUGCAACACCCAGAUGAAGUUUUCGAAACAAUUAUUGGUCUCGUUGUUCAUCUAGCAGAGCAUGGUCUUAUCCAUUGUGACUUCAAUGAAUUUAACAUCAUGAUCGACGAUGACGAAAGGGUCACCAUGAUUGAUUUCCCUCAGAUGGUAUCGGUUUCUCAUCGCAAUGCACAGAUGUACUUUGAUCGUGAUGUUGAGUGCAUCUACAAGUUCUUUAGCAAGAGUUCGUUGAAGGAGCUGGGCAAAAGGAUACUCUGAGCUCUGAUGGUGAAGAGCUUGCAGAGGAAGAGGAAACCAGUAAUGAAGUCAAUGAUGCUGUAGCUACAAAGUUAAAUUCCUUGCAUUUAGCAGAUCAGCAUGAAUUAUCAGAGAGCUGUGGUGACAAGGCUGCUGCAGAAAUUCUUUGUCAUUCUCCUAAAUUAAUUGAUACAAAGAAAGCUGAAAUUUUCCAUGCAAGAGAGCAUGCGAUAAGUGUGAGUUACAAUGAUAGCAAAAGAUCAGAGGAUUCUGUUUUAUGUAAUGCCAGCAUAAGUAACGAGGAUGAAACUUUGCCGUCAGGAGAGAAGGAGGAUAGUGAUGAGGCAGAUGAAAGUGAUCCUGUACUGAUGAAGCGCCUGAACAAGCAGAGGAAGCGGGCCAUAUCAGCUGCUCAGGGUGGGCGGAAGGCUUUGGCUUCAAGAAAUUCCUACAAGGACAAGGGUGGCAAGACUUCCCACAAUUCAAAAAUCCAGAGGCAAGCAUGCAAGUGGUAACAUAUGGUUUUUGAUGAACCUCAGAUGAGUCGGAGUAGAAUACCAGCAGAGUGGAUUAACCAUGGCAUCAUGAUAUAGCAGGAAUUUGUAGGGUUAGGACUUGCACCAAGGUAUCACUUAAGAGUCCCUACAGCAGGAAUCUCCUGCAUUUUUUGUAAAGAUGCAAAUAUUAAACUAUACAUAAAAAUUUUUCUUAGUAGUGGAGGGAAUGUAUAAUGUUCAGCUUUGGGGUUUGUACCAUCUAUCAGACCUAGGAAAAACAAAUAAAAAACCUUAAACAUUUUCUGUUUGGGGAUCGUUUUAAGUAAUUUGUUUAUUUAUUUUCA